GUACAAGCAAAAGUAAACUUCCGGUUGGAAAAAAAUAAGCAAGCGGGAACAAAGAUUUGAUAUUUUAGUUAUAAAACCUGCAAAUAAAAUGGUUGAGACACCAAGUGAGUUUAAAUUGAAAAAUCCACCAUCAGAUGGUAUUUCAGCUAUAAAGUUUGGACCAACAUCUAGCCAGUUUUUGUUGGUUUCAUCAUGGGAUACUACUGUACGACUAUAUGAUAUUAUAAGUAAUAAUCAACGUAUGAUUUACAGUCACACUGAUCCUGUUCUAGAUUGUUGCUUUCAGGAUUCUGUUCAUUCAUUUAGUGGUGGAAUUGAUAAAACUUUAAAGAUGUAUGAUUUUAACACACAAACAGAAACAGUAGUUGGAACUCAUGAUCGUGCUGUUAAAUGUGUAGAGUUUGGAGCUGAUGUUAAUGUUAUUGUUACUGGUAGUUGGGAUUCUACUGUUAAACUCUGGGAUCCUAGAUCACCAUGUUGUGCUGGUUCUUUUACACAACCUGAUAAAGUCUAUACACUAUCUAUUGCUGGUGAUAAGUUAAUAGUGGGUACAGCUGGUAGAAGAGUUUUGGUAUGGGACCUUCGUAAUAUGGGAUAUGUACAACAACGUAAAGAAUCCAGCCUUAAAUAUCAAACAAGAUGUAUUAGAUGUUUUCCUAAUAAACAAGGCUAUGUCCUUAGCUCUGUGGAAGGUCGUGUAGCAGUAGAGUAUUUUGAUCAGUCACCAGAAGUACAGAAGAAGAAAUAUGCCUUUAAAUGUCACCGAGUGAAAGAAAAUGGUGUAGAAAGCAUAUACCCUGUUAAUGCCAUAGCCUUUCACAGUCAAUACAACACAUUUGCAACAGGUGGUUCAGAUGGUUAUGUUAACAUUUGGGAUGGGUUCAACAAGAAACGACUCUGUCAAUUUCACAAGUACCCAACUAGUAUAGCCUCUCUUGCCUUCUCUAAUGAUGGUUCAGUGUUAGCUAUAGCCAGUUCCUAUAUGUUUGAGAAGGGACAACUUGAUGAAACACCAGAAGAUGAAAUAUUUAUUAGAAAUGUUAGUGACCAGGAAACCAAACCAAAAUCUUGACUAGAUAUGGCUUGAAUCAGUGUAUUGCAAAAGGGUUGUUAAGAGGUUUCUAAAACAUACAAGGCAUUUGGCCUCUAAUUACACCAAUCAGAUUUCCUAUACUAAGUCUGAAAUAACCUGGGAAUAAAAUAAUAUAGAUACAAUAUCUGUUUAUUGCUAUAUGAUUUAGAAAUCCUCUAAACAAUUCAUUAUUAAUGUUAAUUUUUAUGUCAAUGGAGAAAUUACUUAUGUAAAAAGUGUAUUGGUAAAAAUGAAUGAUGUAUUAUAGCAAAACGAUUGAUCUUCAUGUGACAAACAAAUCUGCAAUGAAAUUUUAUCAAAAGUGUUCCACUUUACAGCUUAGGUUUUCAACCUGGGGAAAUCAAAUAAUUUUGAAAUUUUUGGGGGUGUAAUGAGAUGCUUUGUAGACUAGCAUAAAUUUUGGACAAUCAUAAUUUAGGUCGCCCUAUUUACUCAGGCUGUAAUCUUGGACAUGGAAAACUAAGAGAAAAUCACAAAAUAGUAAGGAUUAAUAGGUUGACAGGAUCUAUAAAUCAAGAAUCAUGAAAGGGGUAAUAUAAUGAAAAAGGUUGAAAACCCCUGUUUUAUCGCAUGAUGUAAAUUAUGAAUAGGAUUGAUUUCUAAGAGUUGGGUACAAGACCUGUUUCAUGCUGCCAAUUACAUAUUGUGUUCAAAUAACUGUAAAUUUAUACAAAUUAUAUAAUUAACAUGCAACUAAGCAAGUAAUCAGAUACCAUCUUUUUCAGUUACAAAACUAUUUUUUCAUUGUUUAUAUUUCUGUAUAUUCAAAUCAUAUAUACAUCAUAUAUACAGUAUAAUUUCAUCUUGUCAAAAAUCAUGUUUCUUUUCAUUCAUCAUUAUUAAAAUAUUGAAGAU